GCGGGGCCGUGGCAGCAGGCCUGCCAUGGCGGGGGGGUGGCGGCAGCGGAGAGCCGGGGCGCUGCUCCGCGCUGGGCUGGCCGCGCUCCUCUGUGCCCUCCAUGUGCAGGCUGCUUGUCAGGAUGUGACGAUCACGCAGGAGCUGCUGAAAGAGGGGUUUCACAGGGACCUGCUGCUGAAGGUAGAACUUGGUGUAGUGGGGAAGGAUACAGGAGGAUGCACUGUGGCAGCUAGAACUCAUCUUCCACCAGGAAUUUAUGUGGAUCCCUAUGAGCUGGCAUCACUGCAGCAGCAGAAUUUAACAAAGGCAGUAUUACUUCCUGAUGUCAUUGAUGUGGAGGCUCCUGAGUACUUAGCCACAGAUGUUCUUGUUCUCCUGUACAUGGAAGCAGACCCUGGUUGCUCCAGCUGUUUUAGAGCUGCCUUGCCCGUGCACGGGCGGUACCAUCAGCCUGCAGAAGACAGCGAGAAAGCGUUGGUUGUUCUGAAGAACCCAGAAGUACUGGUCUGCUGCUGUGACAGUGGUCUGUCAGCAGAGUGUUGGAAGCCUGCUGAAGUGGAAGCUCCCUGUUCAGGCAAAACCAGUGGUUCAUGCCAGUGGUACAGCAUACCACACAAACCUGUAUAUGAGGAAUCAAUUCUGGAGGUUCCAGUGGGGCUUAGGCAGCACAGUUCCUUAGUGUGUGUCGUGACUCUUCUUGUCACAGUGCUCUGCUCCAGCCUGAUUGUUGCAGCUGUAUGCAAAUAUGGACACUUCUCCUUGAUGAGUCCCUGAAUGGAAUGUCUGACCUCCAUCCAGCAAAAUGAACUGACAAUUAUAUCACCUUCCUAAAUGACUUCUAUUCUACUCUUAUUUAUAUCUUAAUAACAUGCAAGGGUCCCAUAGUGGCCUAAUUCUUACAAAGACCUUUCACACAGCACAAGACUGUUUCUGUGUGCUGUCAGUAGACAAAGCAGAUGGAGGGUUGGAAUAGCACUGCAAAAAGCUGGAAGGGCUGCUCCAGUCUCUAUGCCCAUUGCCACCCCCUGGCCCAGAGCUGCUUUAACUACAGUGUUGCCUCUUGCAGAAGUGUUUGUAUUUCUUGAAUUUAAACCAAUAGACUCAGGGAUUGGUUAUUAAGGGUAUGAAAAACAUUAGGUAGUCAUUAAAGUUUCUGAAUUUUAAGUUUGCUGUCCCAGAAGGGUUAUGUAUGAAUUUGUGAAGCAAUGUUCUGUGUUUGCUUGGGACAGGAGAAGGCUUAAAUAACCUCUCCCAUUCUAGCUGGGAGAGAUUAGCUGCUCUUUGUCAAAUUAGAGUUAAAAGAGUUUAGAAAAUUUGAAGUAAAUUUAACUGUAUUUCAGAAGCAGGAAAGGGAAUAUUUUGAAGACUUGCAUUCAGCCAUCAGAACUGUUGACAAAUGCAAGGAAAUGGAGAGGAAAUUACUUCAUGGAAAACCUGAGUUGCUCUGACUUGACACAACAGCUCAGCUGCUGUUUCUAAGUGUCAGUAGGUGGCAUUGUAAGCUUAUGGUAAUUCCGGGGACUGUCGGUGAAAGAAACAGAUUUUACUGCCCAUAAGCCGAGACUUAGUAAAAGGAGAUGAUUCAGGGAGUGUGUGUGUGGGGGGGAAUCCAUGAGAAUUUUCAUUUUUACAUUCUGUUUGAGUGUUCUUUAUGCAGCCAAGGCUUCUAAUCAGCAAAAAUGUCCUUUCAUGGCUGUCUAGCUCUAGCUUCAGAAUCCCUCAGACAUCUCUUUCUGCUCUAAUUCAAUAGAGAGCUCGUCUUGUGACUUCACCCAUGACAGGUUGGCAAGUGCUCUGACACUGGGCUCUUGUUUUCAUGUGGCUGCACCAGUACUUCACCCACUACCACAGAGGAGUCAUGCACUGCAUGUGCUUGGGGGAAGGGAGGACUUACAGGAAAGGACUUUGAGGAGAUUUGGUGGCCUGUUUAACCGUACUGGGGCAGCAAGGCUGCAGUCCAGUGUUGUAACACUCAUCUCUGAGUGGGAUUCUUAAUUCCCAGUGCUGAGUUUGUUCCUCUGCUCUGUCUUGCACAGGUGAGUAACUAUGUUGCAGUCUGACCCUUGGAAUCCAGCAUUGUAGACUGCCACACAGCUCUGGCAGGUCUUUAUCACCUGAAAGUUUUUUUAACAUCAGGUAAUGCCAGUUGACAAAUCACAGGUUGAAUUCCUUAGCUAAAGCAGGCUGCCUGAGAUCACUGCCUAGAGAAGGGAAUUGGAGAUGCUCUUUGGACAAAUGAGAUAAAAUCCUGUGAGGGGCAAAAAUAUGUACGUGGAGGAUUUGGAAAUCAGGGCAAGUGAGGCUAUGAGAAUGGAAACCCACAUCAGUGGUAUGGUGUUAUAGGAGAAACUGAGUCAGGAGAGGCUUGAAUUAGAAGGGGGUUAGCACUGUCAGUACUAUGCAAAUAGUUGAUGUCAAGCACUAAUUGCUUUGGUUGGCACAAAGUUUGCUAAGUGCAUCUAAAAUUUAUCAUCACACUGAUGAGUUUUUCAGAUGAAGGUGAGUAACAGUGGUUGUGGAUAAUGGGAAAGAAUGAGAGAGAUCACAACUCAGCAGACCAUUUGGUUACAGUAACUAGCAAAUAUGUGCUGGGUUUCAAUCCAAGUGUUUAAUACAGUAGAGAAGUUUUUCUUUUCAAGCUGUAAAUAAAUCUAAUAACCUUUGUA